UGGAGGCAGAUAAGUUCGCAUUUCCCCAUAUUUCUAAGCCUGUUGUAAAAGGCUACUUUAGUGUUUCUCCUGACGGUGAUUUUGAGCGUGGAGAAGAACGAAAGCGCUAUUUGGUCGACCCAAGCACAGUUCCUCUACCGCUGACUCUUAAUGGACCACCCCAUGAUGUCUUUCGCCUCAAAGCUGACCCAAACGAACUCUUUCUCGACAAUCUAUUAUACUUUAUAAAAACGCAGCAGCAAGCAUUUUUUUUUCGAAACGAAGUUGGAGCCAUUCAGUUGAACGCGGAUUUCGUCUGCACUCGAGAGGUGAUCUCAUUAAUGAUGUGCGCUCCCUAUCAAAAAAUAAGGAACUGGACAUUGGCAGCGUCAUACUAUAAGAACACGAUGUAUAUUUGCGAAAUUGACAGCGAAGAUCGUACUAAUGGUUUGCAUUUAGACCAGGCACAUUUAGAUAUUGCUAUUAACAAUUCAUGGUUGGAGAAAUUAAAGCAGUACUGUUUGUCCGAAUCCAAUAACAGAAUGCCUGAUCCAAGUCAGCCUUUAGAAAAGCACGGAACAUUUAAUUGUGUUUUUAGCACAACAAUAAGUGGAAUCAAGAUGAUCUUUGAAGCGCCUAUGAUUGUCGAAAAUUCUCAAAACCGAUGUGACGCUGAGAGCAACUUCGUUGAAUUGAAAGUUCGCCCAACCACCAUGAGUCAAUUGGAAUGGUCCGAAUAUUAUUUAAACGUGGCCACUAAGUGGUGGGCAGAUUGUUAUUUGGUAGGAAUAGACGACUUAUUUAUAGCCACAUGCGACAAAAAUGGACGGAUUGUGCAUAUAAAAAGGACGAAAUCACGCGAAAUAUAUAAAGAAAGCGAAAAGUAUUGGUCCACCGCCGUCUGUGCGAAUUUCAUGGCGCGUUUAUUAUCUACCAUAAAAUGCACAAUGAUCCACUUGAACAGUGCAAGUACGGUAUAUAUAUAUGAUUUUAAUGCAAUGAAUGCACAAAUCACUUAUAAAGUUUACGAGGGUCGUAAUAGAUAUACCUUUAUUCCGGACUGGUACCGAAUGAUGCUGGAUAAUCUUGAAAAUUCCAUGCAUUGAUUAGAUGC